CCCUGCCCCACAUGGACGACGCCAGCUGCCCCCCAACCCAGACCUGGACGGAGGGGCAGGAGGCGACGCUGCAGUGCCGAGCACGGGGCAACCCCGUUCCAGUGGUGACGUGUCACAAGGACGGGACCGUCGUCCCCGUGGGACGGUCGCACGUUGUCACCCGGAACUACACCGGGACCUACUGGUGCAACGCCACCAACGCGUUGGGGACAAGCAGACGGAACGUCACCGUGACGGUGGAGUAUCGGGACAUCAAUGUGGGACUUGUGGUGGCCCUGGUGACGUUGGCAGCGGUGGCUGCUGUCACCGGGGUCGUCGUGUACCGCGUGUACUACCACAAGAAGAAGAUCCGGCACUACAAACUGCAGGAGAAGCAGCAGCGACUGUUGGCCAUGGGGCAGCUCACGGACGGGGCUACGGUCGCCCAAAACGGUUCGGCGCCGGCGGCGCAACCGUAGCCCCCCGGCGGGGCCGCGAGCACCCGUGGGUGCGGGGUGGGACCGUCCCACGGGACCCUCGGAGGGGGCGAGCGGACGGACGGCGGUGUGACGUGGCCAGCGGUCCCCGAUGGGGGACGAUCUGG